CUCAAAUCUCGACGAGAGUCAAAUGAUUCCAUAACGUCUUACCAUUCGUAAUGCCGAUAAUGAUAAAACGUUCGAUAUUAUUUCUAUAUAUUUUUGUGUUAUAUUCAACUAUCGUUAGUGCAAUCGAACCAGUUUCAAAAAAUGUUGAAAUCGAAAGCAAUGUUACAGAGGAUAAUAAUAUUAUCGAAACACAAUAUGCAGUUUGUAAAAUUUCGACGGAAGAAUUAGUCGCAAAUGCACAUGCUACCGUAACGAAAGUUCUCACAGGAGCCUGCAAUGCAAAAACAGUAGAAGCGAGAUUUCAAAAAUUAGAAAAGAAUUUAUCCGACGAAUUACAGGAGAUCAAGAUACUUCUUCGUACGUUAAUGGAACAACGUGAUAUUUCUUCGAAAAUCAAUGAUACGAUUUAUCGAAAUAACAAACAAAAUGUUAAAUUUAAUUACAAGAUUUUUUACAACAAUCAUAACGUUUCUCCAAGGCAAAACGAGAUCAAUGAAUUUAAUUAUACGAUCAAAACGGAAUCAUUGAAUAAAUCCUCGAAAUUUUUUACGUAUUAUUGGGAAAUCAGAGAUUUCGAGGAGAAACUUUCGAAAUGGGAUAGAACACGUUUCGAGCGUAGCUCAACUUUUUACGUGGGUCAACCUGGGUACGCGAUGUAUUUAAAAAUUAUACCGAAAUAUUUUCCAGAUGGUACGGUGUUUAUAAGCGUUGGUUUAACGCGUGGUCGAUACGAUUCGUUCGUUAAAUGGCCAUUCUCUUAUAAAAUCCAAUUGUCGAUUUUAGAUCAGUCAUUAGAAGAAUGGCAAGAGGAUCGACCUUCUCGAAUUUGGGAUCCAACUGCACUUUGUACAGAAUAUUUUUGGAAACGGCCUAUAUCAAUUGGUGAAAUGGAUAAUCCAGAAUGCGUUGGGUUAAGUAUCCCAAGAAAUGUUAUACUCUCUAGAUUACCUUUGGUCUUUCGUACUGGUAAAAGUCAAUCUCGAUAUAUUUGGAAUGACAGUAUAUUAGUGAAACUCGUUAUCUAUUUAUAAAUAUUACCGAUCUUUGAGCGUCAUUCGAAGUGAUUUCGAAAGAAAAAAUCCAAUAUUUGUUCUUCUUUUUACAACAUGAAAUUCGUUUAUUAUAAUUUCUUUCACAGAUAUAACACUUUUUUUAUGACAUAAAAUAUCAGAAUUAAUUAUAAUACGAUCUAUAGC